GCUCGGCGGAGGGGGCGGGCCGUCGUGCUUCCCCGCACCCCUCCCAGCCGCCGCCGGCUUUGGGGCCCCGGCGGGGAGCAGGGGGCUGGUUAGCGGAGGAGCAGGGGUGUGGCCAGCGGGGCCCCGGGUAGUGAGUCACACACGCUGCUCGCCCAGUCCCGGGCCGCGAGCGCGGUCCCGGCCCGAGCCGCGCGCCGCCCUGGCCCUGGCCCGAAGAGUGUCCCCGGGCUUGGCAUGAGGACCCCGGGGUGCCGAGGGAGGGGCUGAAGCCCGGCGGUGGUGGAGGAGGGCGGACAGAAUGACUGAGAACAUGAAGGAGUGCCUGGCGCAGACCAAGGCGGCCGUGGGGGAUAUGGUGACCGUGGUGAAGACCGAGGUCUACUCACCACUCCAAGACCAGGAGUAUGGCCAGCCCUGCUCUAGGAGACCAGACCCCUCAACCAUGGAAGUGGAGCCCAAGAAACUGAAGGGGAAGCGUGAGCUCACCAUGUCCAAAAGCUUCCAGCAAGUGGACUUCUGGUUCUGCGAGUCCUGCCAAGAGUACUUUGUGGAUGAGUGCCCGAACCACGGUCCCCCAGUGUUUGUGUCCGACACGCCAGUGCCCGUGGGCAUCCCAGACAGGGCUGCCCUCACCAUCCCGCAGGGCAUGGAGGUGGUCAAGGAAGCCAGUGGGGAGAAUGACGUGCGAUGCGUAAAUGAGGUCAUCCCCAAGGGCCACGUCUUCGGCCCCUAUGAGGGGCAGAUCUCCACCCAGGACAAAUCAGCUGGCUUCUUCUCCUGGCUGAUUGUGGACAAGAAUAACCGCUACAAGUCCAUAGAUGGGUCAGAUGAGACUAAAGCCAACUGGAUGAGGUACGUGGUCAUCUCCCGGGAGGAGAGGGAGCAGAACCUUCUGGCGUUCCAGCACAGUGAGCGCAUCUACUUCCGAGCGUGUCGGGACAUCCGGCCCGGGGAGCGGCUCCGGGUCUGGUACAGCGAGGACUACAUGAAGCGCCUGCACAGCAUGUCCCAGGAGACCAUCCACCAUAAUCUGGCCAGAGGAGAGAAGAGGUUGCAGAGGGAGAAGUCUGAGCAGGCUCUGGAUAACCCAGAAGACCUGAGGGGUCCCAUUCAGCUCCCCGUGUUGAGACAGGGCAAAAGCCCGUACAAGCGUGGCUUUGACGAGGGGGAUGCGCACCCCCAGGCCAAGAAGAAGAAGAUCGACCUCAUUUUCAAGGAUGUGCUGGAAGCGUCACUGGAAUCCGCCAAGGUGGAAGCGCACCAGCUGGCUCUGAGCACCUCGCUGGUCAUCAGGAAAGUCCCCAAGUACCAGGACGAUGCAUACAGUCGGUGUGCCAUGACCAUGUCGCACGGUGUGCAGAAUGUCAGCCGGACCCAGGGGGAAGGGGACUGGAAGAUCCCCCAGGGGGCUUCCAAGGAGCCAGGCCCGUUCGAGGAUGAAGAAGAAGAGCCUUCAUCCUUCAAGGCCGACAGUCCCGCCGAGGCCUCUCUUGCCUCCGACCCUCACGAGCUUCCCACCACCUCCUUUUGCCCUAACUGUAUUCGCCUAAAGAAGAAGGUCCGGGAACUCCAGGCCGAACUAGACAUGCUUAAGUCUGGGAAGCUUCCUGAACCCCCGGUAUUACCAGCACAGGUACUAGAGCUGCCGGAGUUCUCCGACCCUGCAGCCUCCGAGAGCAUGGUGUCCGGCCCUGCCAUCAUGGAGGACGAUGACCAGGAGGUCGAUUCUGCAGACGAAUCCGUCUCCAAUGACAUGCUGACUGCCGCCGACGAGCCCUCCAAGAUGUCAUCUGCCACCGGGCGCCGAAUCCGACGCUUUAAGCAGGAGUGGCUGAAGAAGUUCUGGUUCCUGCGGUACUCCCCGACCCUCAACGAGAUGUGGUGCCACGUCUGCCGCCAGUACACGGUGCAGUCCUCCCGCACGUCGGCCUUCAUCAUCGGCUCCAAGCAGUUCAAGAUCCACACCAUCAAACUGCACAGCCAGAGCAACCUGCACAAGAAGUGCUUGCAGCUCUACAAGCUGCGCAUGCACCCCGAGAAGACGGAGGAGAUGUGCCGCAACAUGACCCUGCUCUUCAACACCGCCUACCACCUGGCCCUCGAGGGCAGGCCCUACCUGGACUUCCGGCCCCUGGCCGAGCUCCUGAGGAAGUGCGAGCUCAAGGUGGUGGACCAGUACAUGAACGAGGGCGACUGCCAGAUACUCAUCCAUCACAUCGCCCGCGCGCUGCGGGAAGACCUGGUGGAGCGCAUCCGCCAGUCGCCCUGCCUCAGCAUCAUCCUGGACGGGCAGAGCGACGACCUGCUGGCCGACACGGUGGCUGUAUACGUCCAGUACACCAGCAGCGAUGGGCCCCCGGCCACGGAGUUCCUGUCCCUGCAGGAACUCGGGUUCUCCAGCACCGAGAGCUACCUGCAGGCACUCGACCGUGCCUUUUCGGCCUUGGGCAUCCGCUUGCAGGACGAGAAGCCGACCGUGGGCCUGGGCAUCGACGGGGCCAACGUCACCGCCAGCCUGCGCGCCAGCAUGUUCAUGACCAUCCGCAAGACGCUGCCCUGGCUGCUGUGCCUGCCCUUCAUGGUGCACCGGCCCCACCUCGAGAUCCUGGAUGCCAUCAGCGGGAAGGAGCUCCCCUGCCUGGAGGAGCUGGAGAACAACCUGAAACAGCUGCUGAGUUUCUACCGGUACUCGCCGCGCCUCAUGUGCGAGCUCCGCUCGACUGCCUCCACCCUGUGCGAGGAGACGGAGUUCCUGGGGGACAUCCGGGCCGUGAGGUGGAUCAUCGGGGAGCAGAACGUCCUCAACGCCCUCAUUAAGGACUACCUGGAGGUAGUGGCCCACCUCAAGGACGUCAGCAGCCAGACCCAGAGGGCGGACGCGUCCGCCAUCGCACUGGCCCUGCUGCAGUUCCUCAUGGACUAUCAGUCCAUCAAGCUCAUCUACUUCCUCCUGGACGUGAUCGCCGUGCUGUCACGCCUGGCCUACGUCUUCCAGGGCGAGUACCUCCUGGUGUCCCAGGUGGACGACAAGAUCGAGGAGGCCAUCCAGGAGAUCAGCCGGCUGGCCGACUCCCCGGGGGAGUACCUGCAGGAGUUCGAGGAGAACUUUCGAGAGAGCUUCAAUGGGAUUGCCAUGAAGAACCUCAGGGUGGCCGAAGCCAAGUUCCAGUCCGUCAGGGAGAAGAUCUGUCAGAAGACCCAGGUGAUCCUGGCUCAGAGGUUUGAUUCCCGCAGCCGGAUCUUCGUGAAGGCCUGCCAGGUGUUCGACCUGGCUGCCUGGCCCAGGAGCAGCGAGGAGCUCAUGAGCUACGGCAAGGAGGACAUGGUGCAGAUCUUUGACCACCUGGAGGCCAUCCCCACCUUCUCCCGGGAUGUCUGUAGGGAGGGGCUGGACCCCCGGGGCAGCCUGUUGAUGGAGUGGCGGGAACUCAAGGCUGAUUACUACACCAAAAAUGGCUUCAAGGACCUGAUCGGCCACAUUUGCAAGUACAAGCAGCGGUUCCCGCUCUUGAACAAAAUCAUCCAGGUCCUCAAAGUCCUCCCCACCUCCACCGCCUGCUGCGAGAAAGGCCGCAACGCCCUGCAGCGGGUUCGCAAAAACCACCGCUCCCGCCUGACCCUGGAGCAGCUCAGCGACCUGUUGACAAUCGCUGUGAAUGGCCCGCCGAUCGCCAACUUCGAUGCCAAGCGAGCCCUGGACAGCUGGUUUGAGGAGAAGUCUGGCAACAGUUACGCGCUGUCCGCCGAGGUCCUCAGCAGGAUGUCCGCGCUGGAGCAGAAGCCGGUGCUGCAGACCGUGGACCACGGGUCCGAGUUUUACCCGGACAUCUAGGGG